UGGGGAAGGGCAGGGACAGGUGCGGGGGGACCCGAAAUAGCCGGGGGGGGCAGGGCCAGGUGGCACCGGUGGCACCAGUGGCACCAUCACCGGGGGCACUGGGAGGGACUGGGGGGCACUGGGAUAUACUGGGAGAGACUGGAAGAUACUGGGGCAUACUGGGAUAUACUGGGAGGCACUGGGAGGGAGUUUCAGUGUACUGGGGGACACUGGGAACACUGGGGGGGCACUGGGGACACUGGGGACACUGGAGACACUGUGCCCCAACCUGUCCCUCUGUCUCCUCCUUGUCCCUUUGUCCCCCCCGUCCCCCUGUGUCCCCUCCAAGUCCCCCCAUGUCCCCCAAGCCCCCCCCAUGUCCCCACGACACCCAUGUCCCCCUGUGUCCCCCCCAUGUCCCCCAAGCCCCCCCAUGUCCCCAUGACACCCAUGUCACCCCCGUGGCCCCUCCAGGUCCCCCCAUGUCCACUCGAUGUCCCCCUUGUCCCUCUGUCCCCCCCAUGUCCCCCCUUGUCCCUCUGUCCCCCCAUGUCCCCCCCAUGUCCUCCAUGUCCCCGUGCCCCCUCUGUCGCCCCCCCUGUCCCAGUGUCCCUCUGUCCCCCCCGUGCCCAUCUUUGGCCGUGGGUGACACACACGUGUCCCCACACGCAGGUGACAGAGAUUAGCGGGGCCCGGGUGGCACCGCGGGCACGGGAAACUCUGAGUCACAACCGCAGGGGCCGCCGAGGGGGCACCUGGGGGGGCACCUGGGGGGGCACUGACACCCCCUGACCCACCGGGGGACACAGGGCCCAUGGAAGCAGCGGCCGAGGAGGAAGAGGAGGAGGAGGAGGAGGAGGAGGAGGGGGAGGCCCAGGAGAGGCUCCUGCAGCACCUGAUGGUUCAAACAGGGCGGGACCUCCCCCAGUGCCAACUGGAGCGGGACUGGGACAUACUGGGAGAACUGGGCAGUGGCUCCUACGGGCACGUGGUGCUGGCCCAGCCCCGAGACGGGGGUGCGCCAGUGGUGCUGAAGCUGCUGCGGAAGGACCGGACGGGCAGGUGGGGCUUCCUGCGGGAGUUCUGCACCCACCUGUGCCUGCAGGGGCAGCUCACCUGCCUGCAGGUGCUGCCCCUGGCCUUCGAGACCCCCACCCACUUCGGCUUCGCGCAGGAACACGCACCUGCCGGGGACCUGUGUGGGCUGCUCACACCUGGGGUGGGCCUCCCUGAGCCGCAGGUGAAGCGCGUGGCCACCCAGGUGGGCGCGGCCCUGGAUUACCUGCACGGCCACGCCCUGGUGCACCGAGACGUGAAGCUGGACAACGUGCUGGCCUUCGACCCCCAGUGCCAACUGGUCAAACUGGGCGACUUCGGCCUCACCCGCGUCAUGGGCUGGCAGGUGGGGCCCACCUGCGGCUCGGGCCACGCCCCCUACGCCGCACCUGAGCUGUGCCACCUGCGCGAGGCGGAGACGCUGCGCCUGGAGCCCAGCCUGGACUCCUGGGCCUUCGGCGUCCUCCUCUUCGCCCUCCUCACAGGCACCUUCCCCUGGGGGGUGGCUGCGCCCUCGGAUCCCCAGUUCGGGGAGUUCCAGGUGUGGCAGGGCCACACCUGGCAGCCAGGUGGGCUCACGGGCGGGGGGGAGGUGCCACGUGCCUGGCAGGGGUUGGGGGAGGCGGCGCUGGAGAUGCUCCGGAGGCUCCUCCGGCUGGAGCCCGACAGGCGGAGCCACGCCGGGGAGGUGAACAGGUACCUGGACAGGUGCUGGGGAGGGCAGGUGGGGAGGCCUGAGGAGGGUGGGAGCGGGGCAGGCACACCUGGGGGUGGGUCAGACACACCUGAGGAUGUGGAUUCAACUCACCUGGGGAUGGGUCGGACACACCUGCAUGUGGGAGAGAAACACCUGGAGAUGGGUUGGACGCACCUGGGGAUGAGUUAGAAGUACCUGGGAGUGGGUCAGAGACAGCUGGGGAUGGGAUAGACACACCUGGAUAUGGGUCAGAGACACCUGGAUAUGAGUCAGACACACCUGGGGAUGGAUCAGAGACACUUGGGGAUGGGUCAGACACACCUGGAUAUGGUCAGACACACCUGGAAAUGGGAUAGACACAGCUGGGGAUGGGACUGAAACACCUGAGAAUGAGUUGGACACACCUGGAUAUGGGUCUGGAACAUCUGGAGAUGGGUCUCACUCACCUGGAAUGAACUGGAAGCACCUGGGGAUGGGAUAGAAACACCUGGAGAUGGGUCAGACACACCUGGAUAUGGGUCAGAAACAUCUGGAAAUGGGUCUGGAACACCUGGAAGUGGGUUGAAGAACCUGGGAGUGAAUUGGACACACCUGGGAAUGGGACAGAAAUACCCGAACGUGGGCUGGAAACACCUGGAAUGGGCUGGAAACACCUGGAAAUGGGAUAAAAGCAUCUGGAAGUGGGAAUGAAACACUUGGGAAUGGGUUGGAAAUACCUGGAAUGGGAUGGAACCUCUUGGAAGUGGGAUAAAAACAUCUGGAAAUGGGUCCAAAACCACUUGGAAACAGACUGGGAAUACCUGGGAAUGGGAUGGAACUCCUGGAGGUGGGAUAGAAAUGCCUGGAAAUGGGAUGGGAACACUUGGGAAUGGGAUGGAAGCACCUGGAAAUGAGCUGGAAUACCUGGGGACCCCCAAAAAAGGGAGUUGAAUAAAAUUCCCUGUUUUUUGCCUUUUUUUAA